GCCGUCCCCCGCCGGCCCCAUCCUCCCGCGUCCGUCCCCCGCCGGCUCGUUCCACCGCCCGCCCCCGACGCCCCGCCUCGACGCGGAGCCCGGGCCGAAACCCUAGCCUCCGCGCGCGUGCACGUCUCCGGCUCCCCGCGACGCCAGCGGAGGCCUCCCCCUCCGGGGCCAAGGAUUCCGAAGGAACCUCCAGGGGGGCUGCUCUCCGCCCGCCCCGGCGAAGACACGCUCAGCUGACUGAGAGAAGCUGUGCUGUAUGUACCAUGUGUGCCUAUUGGAGAGGGCAUCAUGAAGCCUGAAGUUACUGGUCAUUUGCCAAAAUCAGAAAGUAAUAAACCAAACACAAUGACCACGCAAGCCUGUAAGAGGCGGAGGUCAGUUUAUAUAAGCAGUGGAUCGGAAGAUUCUGGUACAGAUUCAGAGGUGGAGGGAAGUAAACGGUCUCAAAAAUCUGUAACGACGUCAAUUUCUUCAUCUGAGCAUCGACCAUCUUCUAACAACAAGGCUGGAAGCAUGAAUGCUAGCAAGACAAGGGUCUGUAGAAAUAUUCUGGGGAAGCUCAUGGAUCACCCAGGUGGUUGGCUUUUCCAUAAACCGGUUGAUCCGGACCUAUUUGGCAUUCCUGAUUACUUUGAUGUUAUCCGCAAUCCAAUGGACUUGGGCACUGUCAAGAAGAAACUCACAAACAAGAAUUAUUUAAGCACCGAUGAGUUUGCAGCAGAUGUGAGACUAACAUUUUCAAAUGCAAUGACGUAUAAUCCUCCUGGAAAUCAGGUUCACACAGUAGCUGAACAGCUGAAUAUAAUGUUUAAUUCUGAAUGGACAUCAUAUGAAAGAAAAUGGAGCGACAGAAAUCUGAAGCCAGUGCAGUUGCCGAUGAAGGUAAUUAAGGCUCAUGUGGCUGUCAAUUCAAAGCCAGUGGUUUCUAGAGGGCUGGUCGCAUGCUCAGAUUCAUCUGCAAAGAAGACAUUGACAAAUGCAAUAUCCUCCAAAGUAAAAAUUAAGUUUUGUGUGCGUGGCUCGGGGCAGACCUUAUCCAAAGAGACGCCUGUGCAAGCAGCUGGUAGCAAAGAGGGCUCUUUACAUCAUUCUAUCGCAUGCACCAAGGUUUCGACAAUACAUCAUUCUAUCCCAUGCACCAAGGAGAGCGCUAACACAACUAAGGUCCAGUCAAGUGAGCACAGAGUUCAGUCGAUUGGAAAUGAAUCACGGUCUUGCAGUGAUACUUCAACUUCGCCUCUUUCUUCCUAUGGACAAGGAGACGGAAGUUAUUUACAAGCUGAACCUUUGUCACCAGCCAAGGCCCUUCGUGCAGCAAUGCUUAAGAGACGUUUUGCUGGAACGAUUGUGAAGGCACAGCAGAAGGCACUUCUGGACCAUGGGCAGCAAAUAGACCCUGCAAAAUUACAGUUGGAAAAGGAGAGGCUGGAAAAAAGGCAGCAAGAAGAGAAAGAAAGGAUUGAAGCCCAGGUGAAGGCCGCUGAAGCUGCUGCACAGUUCAAGUUAGAUGAAGAAUUAAGGAAGAAGAGGGAGCGAGAAAGAGAGGCAGCACGCCUGGCACUACACAUGAUGAAGAAGACCGUUGACAUUGACAACAGCGACUUCCUAAAGGACCUGGAAAACAUCAGCAAAAAGUGGGAACUAAACCCUCCUGCCAAGCUAAUUGUGGAUUUCGUCGACGGGAUGGAGCUCCCACCUGGCCUCGGAAGCCCGCUGGAGAGGCUCGGGCUUUUCAUGAAGAGAGACAUCGAAGAAGAGGUCGAAGAUGAAAUGGAGGACAGCGUAUCAGCACCCUCCGUGGAUGUCGACAGCGUAUCACCACCCUCCGUGGAUGUCGACAGCAUAUCACCCCCCUCCGUGGAUGUCAACAGCAUAUUACCACCCGCUGUGGAUAUGGAUAUCGACGGGGAGGAAGGAGAGAUCGGCUGCUGUGGGUAGCAUUCUUUUUUCUUGUGACUUUGUUUCGCAUACGUAUUGUGUGCCAACACGAUCGUACAUCGUGGUUAUAAGGUUACGAUGUGAUUCUGCCCCGCAAGUGGGCUAUGUCGACAUAAGCGGAGUGCACUGCAACUGUUGUGGUAUUCAGAGUGAGUUUCUCGUACGGAUAUUCUGUAAAACAAUUGGAAAAAAAGAGAAAAAAAAGCGAUAUAGUAGGGAA